GGCGGCCGCCGCGGGGCCCGGGCCGUGCCCACCAACAUCUUGGCCCAGCUCCGGCACGGGCAGCUCAGCGGCUGCGGCCUCACGCGGGGAGCUCAGAUCACAGAGGCCUUGUUAAAGGAGAGAGAUAAACAAGCAAAAUGGAAUGGGAUCCCCUUGCUGUUGCAAAAACUGUAUGAACACAGCCACCCCAACAGUGACUUCUCCCAGUGCCAAAGCAUCUUAAAGGAAAUUUCUCCACUUCUUUCAAUGGAAGCCAUGGCAUUUGUUACAGAAGACAGGAAAGUUGCUCAGGAGUCCACUUUCCCAAACACAUACACGUUUGACUUAUUUGGAGGAGUCGAUCUUUUAGUAGAAAUUCUCAUGAGACCAACGCUUAUUACACAGAAAAAGAAACAGAAAAUAAGUGAUGACCUCAUCAAGGACUGUCUGAGCAUACUGUACAACACCUGUAUUUGUACCGAAGGAGUCACAAGGCGAUUGGCAGAAAGAAAUGACUUUGUGUUGUUCCUGUUUACACUGAUGACAAACAAAAAGACAUUCCUACAAACUGCAACACUCAUCGAAGAUAUCCUGGGAGUUAAAAAGGAAAUGAUCCAACUGGAUGAUAUUCCCAAUCUUGCGAGCCUUGUGUCCAGUUUUGAUCAGCAGCAGCUUGCCAACUUCUGCAGGAUCCUUGCUGUCACCAUCUCUGAGCUCGACACAGGAAGCGAUGACAAACACACGCUUCUUGCCAAAAAUGCCCAGCAGAAAAAAAACUUGGGUCCUUCUCGAGCUGAAAUUAAUCAAGCUACCCUUUUAAAUAUCCCAGGUUUCAUUGAGCGAUUGUGCAAACUGGCAACACGGAAGGUGUCUGAAACCACAGGUACUUCCAGCUUCCUCCAGGAGUUGGAAGAAUGGUACACCUGGCUGGACAAUGCACUAGUACUUGAUGCACUGAUGAGAGUGGCAAAUGAAGAGGCAGAGCAGAGCAGUACAGAGUCUUCGGAUGAAAGCGGCUUGGCCAACACCUCGACACGGACACAGCUUCCCCAGUCCAUGAAGAUCAUGCACGAGAUCAUGUAUAAGCUGGAGGUGCUGUAUGUCCUCUGCGUGCUGCUCAUGGGGAGACAGAGGAAUCAGGUUCAUAAAAUGAUAGCAGAGUUCAAACUGAUUCCUGGCCUCAACAACUUGUUUGACAAACUCAUCUGGAGAAAGCAUUCAGCUUCAGCUCUUGUUCUGCACGGACACAAUCAAAAUUGUGAUUGUAGCCCAGACAUUACUUUAAAGAUACAGUUCUUGAGGCUUCUUCAGAGCUUUAGUGAUCACCACGAGAACAAGUACCUUCUUCUAAACAGCCAGGAGCUGAAUGAACUGAGUGCCAUCUCCCAUAAAGCCAACAUCCCUGAAGUGGAUGCAGUUGUCAACACAGACAGGAGUCUUGUUUGUGAUGGGAAGAGAGGCUUGUUGACCAGACUGCUGCAGGUCAUGAAGAAGGAACCAGCUGAAUCCUCCUUCAGGUUUUGGCAAGCAAGGGCAGUUGAAAGUUUUCUGCGAGGCACCACCUCCUAUGCAGACCAGAUGUUCCUGCUCAAGAGAGGGCUCCUGGAGCAUAUUCUCUACUGCAUUGUUGAUAGUGAGUGCAAGUCACGAGAUGUGCUCCAGAGUUACUUUGACCUCCUGGGAGAACUGAUGAAAUUCAAUAUUGAUGCAUUCAAGAGAUUCAACAAGUACAUCAACACAGAUGAGAAGUUCCAGAUAUUUUUGAAUCAGAUCAACAGCUCACUGGUUGACUCCAACAUGCUGGUGCGUUGCAUCACGCUGUCCCUGGACCGGUUUGAGAACCAGUCUGAUGCGAAAGUUGCAGAAGUGCUGUCCGAGUGCCGCCUGCUGUCCUACAUGUCCCAGAUGUCCAUGAGGAUGUCCUUCCUGUUCCGUCUCAUUAACAUUAUCCACGUGCAGACACUGACACAGGAAAAUGUCAGUUGUCUGAACACAAGUUUAGUCAUCCUCAUGCUGGCCCGAAGGAAAGAGAAGCUGCCUUUUUAUCUGCGCACUUUGCAACAGAUGGAAUACACGGAAAAAUACCCGGGCUUCAUCCUGAACAACUUCCACAGUCUCCUGCGAUUCUGGCAGCAGCAUUACCUCAACAAGGACAAAGACAGCACCUGCUUAGAAAAUAGCUCAUGUAUUAGUUUUACCUACUGGAAAGAGACUGUAUCUAUACUGCUCAGUCCAGACCGGACAUCCCCCUGUGCCAUAGUUAGCUACAUCGACGAGGCAUACAUGGACAUUGACAGAGACUUUUCUGAGGAGUAACCCUUCACCCUGGGCUCUCAAGGACAGCACUCGGGGGGCACCUCAGCCCGUGGAUUUUCAGGGAUACGCUGUGUAGUGUGUGUGUGUGCGCGGCUCGGAGCGCCGGGCCCUCCUGCAUUGUCACAACCCCAGCCCUCUCCCGACCCCCAGCUCUGAUCUCUUAACAAAAGAGACUUGGAAAGCUCUCUGGGCAACACAUUCAGGGAUGUAUCUUCCAGUUAUUCUGGGAUAAAAAUAUUCACCUGCAAAAAACCAGCCUCUUGAUUUUGUUUUUUUCCCCCCCUUCCCUCUCUCUCCCAGCCCCGCGUGGCUGGUCAGAGGUUGUUUUUUUUAAUUGACAGAUGAGGAUAUUCUGUAUGUGCCAAUGUGGCUGUAUUUCAUGGCUACCAGAAUUAGCAAGUCAAAAAGCACAGAAAUUGCCCUCCAAAUGUGAGGUCCAAGGAGCCAGCCUGACUGGGACCUGACUCACCAGCCACGUGCAGAGCCACCACAAGGACUCCCUUCAGGUGUAACUUCCGUUGGGCUUUGGAACCAGGGGCUUAGGGUUGGUUAGAGUGUGAGAGUGUGUGUGUGUGUGCUUUUAAUUCCUGAGAGCCCUGGCUCCAGUCACCUCUUUACCAUCUACUUUUGGAUCAUUUGGUACUAAAGCUGUCUGUUUGUGUGUUAGGAGAGAACCUCUGCUCCUGCUCUUCCCUGCAGAUCCUUCCCAUCCAAAGGUGUUUUGCAAUAUCUGCGGAGAACAGAGACAUUUCAGCAGUGGUGGAAUUGCAAUAGGGGUUGGCUUUUUCAUGGAGCACUAGCAUUAAAAUGUACUAAUUUUUUAAACUUGCAGCUUGUCCCUUCUUGGGUAACUAAACUGGUUUUAAAAUCCUUUUCAGGACCAUUGCUCUUGAUGCUAACCUGCUAUGCCUGGAAGUCUUAGGGUCAGUCUCUGCUUUCAGUCCUUAAUAUCAACACACACAUUAAUCUUGAAGUGCAAUAUUUACUGGAGAUGUCAGGUGUGUUGUUUUUUUUUUUUCCUGGAUCUAUUUUAAUCAGAAUGUGUUAAGUGCUGGGAAUAAACACUCCUGGUUGGAUUGAAAGUAACUUUGUAGGAUAUGUUGGGAAAGGGGGAGUUGGGUUUUGGCUGUCCUGAUUGCCAAGCCUGGACGUUUCCUGCCUGCUCACCAACAUUAAUUGUGUUGCUCCAAGACAGGCAGAUUCCCAGGAAUGAGAUUCAGUCUGAAGUCCUGAGCCAUUGCAUUGAAGUCAAAAAAUGUCUUGCAGCUCCAGCUCAGAGAAACCAGUUUUCUUUGAAUUUUUAUAAAUGUUCUUAACUUAUUUGACGAGAUGACUUGACUUCAGCUCUGCCCAACCUCUGGAGAGUGGCCAGGGGUGAGGAUGUCCCAGAGCUGUAGGAUUUUGUCUCUAAUCUUUGCCAGCAGAACUAAACCCACGCUGAGGAUCCCUGUGCUGGGGCCUGGAUGAGUGGACAAGGGUUCCAGCCCCGGAUGCAGGAUUUGUUCUCCAGACCUCCCCCUUCUCCUCUUGCUGAUCUCACCCCCCGGUGUCCUGCUGUGGACUUGCAGUCAGUACUUUGCUUGCAGGGUGGUUGGAGCUGCUGAGCUUGUGCAUAAAGCUGGAGCCUUGCAGGAGCUCCUGGGAAUCCCUGUGUCCCUCCCCAGGGGGCUCAGUCCCCUGGGCAGACUGUCCUGCUCCAGUGAGGUUACCCCAGUUGCCCCCUUUGUGUCAGGGAGCUCCCUGCUACAGCAGCUGCAACUCUCUGUUCUUCAUCAAGGUCCUCCCACCUCUCCCUCCCACCCCUCAGCUAAUUUCUUUCUCAUCUGUACUUUUUUUUGUUCUUGGGUAUUUGUGUUUUUGGUGUAUCUUUGCUUCUUAACUGUAAUAGAUGUACACUUAAAAUAAAUGCUUCAAAUUAAAAGGCUUUUAAGUUAAGGGA